CCCCACCACCACAUGCUCACACACAACGAAAUGGAGACUGUGAAGAGAGGCAAGACCGUCCUCGGCCUGGAAAUCAAUCUGAUUCUCUUUUAUGUUGGUGCUGCUCGUGCCUGUAUAGUCUCGGUCUCUCAACCACAGUACCUCGAAGUGGACCACACCCAAGAAGCCAUAACCAUUCAGUGUUCCUACUCCCAUGUGGGGUGCCCCGCAGAGCAACCAAGAAGCCUGUGGUUUCGCUAUGGAGCUCACCAGCCGGAGAACCUCUGCUUGGAUGGAUGCACCAGCGAUGCGGGCAAGUUCACAGUGAAGGAAGCCCUGACACAAAAUCAGGUUUCCCUCACUGUGAACAGGGUGACUCUCAACGACAGUGCCAUCUACAUCUGUGGAAUAGUCCUUCCCUUUUCAAAGGAACCAGGAGCCAAGCGGACCGGAGAAGGGACCAUGCUGGUGGUGAGAGAAAUGAAGGGGCUCCACAGUCUCCUGAUAGCUGUUCUAUCACUGCUCUCUAUCUACAUGACUGUUGUUCUCGGGAUCUUCGUGGUCCUCUCCAAAUCAAAAUCUAACUCUCUAAGAAACAAAGAAACAGAAGACUCACAAAAGGAGAAAGGCAACACUUAUGAAUAAAGAAGAGCACUUUCUAACAUGAAAAGCCACAGAAAUGUUUUAAUUUUCAAUGAAGUCACUGAAAAUCCGAAUCCAGAAGCCGUGGCAGUGUUAAUGGACACACAGGGCUUUACAAAAACAAUCACAGGUAAAUGGAAAAGAUAAUUACCUAGAAGGAAGAAUGCCACAGUACAAGAAAAUUAUCACUAACAGUAAUUACCAAAACUAAAACCCUACAAAAUACAACUGAAAAAUACUUUCCUAAUUUGCCAGGAGAAUUCUGAGUAGUCUAACACUUUUUUUUAAUUUUUUUUUAAUGUUUAUUUAUUUUUGAGACAGAGAGAGACAGAGCAUGAAAGGGGGAGGGGCAGAGAGAGAGGGAGACACAGAAUCGGAAGCAGGUUUCAGGC